GCCGGCGCAGCUCAGCCUCCCGAAGCCGGUUCUCGGCCAUUGCCGCCACCUUCUAGUACCAACUUCACAGUGUAUCCCUGCGUUUGAUCACUUGAGGAGAGUUUGGGCCGUCGUGUGGUGUUGGUGCUGUCACAGUAGCCAUGGGCAUCGUUGAGCUAUAUCAGCUGGCUUGCGAGUUUUACCAUCUAACGCCGCUCGAGGCAUUCACCAGCGCACGCCUCGACACGGCCUCGCGCACGCUACGCCUCCGUGGCAAGGGGAGUCUGCAGCCCAACCUCCCACCCAUUCAGAUCAACGAUGAGCAUUGCCAAGCGCUAGGCAAGGCUCUGCGAGAUGAUACAAGCGUAACCGUAUUAGACCUUCGCUACAAUGCGAUCACCGACAAGGGCGCAGAAGCCCUGGCCGAAAUGCUCGAGAUGAAUCGGACCAUCAAGACACUCCUGUUGGAUGGCAAUGACAUUCAGGCUGAAGGCGCAGGUCACCUGGCGCUCGCGUUUCAGAUGAAUGAGACGGUUCAGCGUCUAGGCUUGAGCCACAAUCGCCUGGGCAGUGAAGGCAAUUUGGCGCUUGCAAAUAUGCUACAAGUCAACCACAAGCUGACGGCCCUCAACGUUGCGCAGACGGAUAACGACAUCACCUCGUGCAUUGCCUACUUUACCGUAUUGCGAACUCAUCCGAGCCUGCAAGAAGUGAACCUGAGUCGGCCUAACCUGUUCUCCACGCAGGAGGAGACGGCAGUGCAUGCCGCAGAAAUGCUUCUGGACAACACGGUGCUGAAAACCGUUGUUCUUCAAAAGCAUGGCAUUACGGAUUUUGGCGCUGCGCGCCUGGCGCAAUCUCUGCAGAAGAAUACGUCACUUCAGGGUCUUGACCUUCGCAACAAUCGGAUUGGACCCGACGGCGUAGCAGAGCUGGGUCGGGCCCUGGCACGACAGGAGACGGGCAAAGGUCUUCGCUUCCUUGACUUGGGCUACAAUCGGGCUCAAACCUUGGGCGUGGAGGAGCUGUUACCCUGCCUUCUCAAAACCAAUCUCAAAGCGGUGAGCUUGGAGCACAAUGAGAUUGACAGCCAGGGUGUCGCUAUGCUGGCCCAGCACCUUUCGACUCAACCUUUACCGGACGAAAUGUACCUGUGGGGCAACCCAGCCAUUGUGGCACCUAAUGCCCCCCAAGGCCCGCUCAAGGUACAGCAUUGUGGCGUGUUAGGAUGA